AUGGCUGAAAUAACAUUCCCAAAAGUUCAUCGACAAUCAUCUCAGAAUGCUCUUAAUCCGAUGCUUGUGGAUAUAUCGAAAAAAAUAAAUAAAUCCAAAGAUAAAUUAUCUCUCAUUCCACAAAACCGACAGUCGCAAAUUCAAUUGGAAACACCUACAAAGAAAAAACGUUUAUCCUUUGAGAAUGCAGCGGCAAGGAUUGAACUUAUUGCCUCUCUAGAAGAUAUGACAAUAUCGUCUUUUGAAUUACCUGUGAAAGAAACAACAAUGUUAAUUCCACAACAAACACAACUGGAUAUAGAACUGGAAUCAGCACAUUCAAGCUAUUUGAUUAAAACGAAUUGGAAGCAAAGUAAAAUUAUUGACAGAAAUAUUGCUUUAACUGACAAACAGCUCUGGAAAUGGCGACGAGAUGUAAAGAUUCAUUGCAAGCAAUUUGAUAAAGCAACAGGACAUUUGACAUCUGCAAGAAAUCUUUUCAAGCAGCCUUCAUACUCACCUAAGCGAUGGAACGCUAAUUUACGCAAUCUUUUUGCCGAUCAUAUGAUCAUCCCACAAGUGACCAUUUACGAAUGUAGACAAGGAUGUCACACCUGCUGGAUUUACACAAUGUAG